AUGGCAGGAACCUUCCCUGUCACCUCAUCCACAUCCCGAGCUCUGCGUCUGCAGCAGGAAUGGCUGGAGUGGGAGGACCGGAGGGCCGCAGCACAGCAGGCCCGGAGUCGGAGGGGCCCUCCAUGUUCCUGGGCCCAAGUCAGCAGGCCCCGCCGCUUGUGCCGAGACCCAGCCGUCCACAGUGCCCUGCUGGCCGGUGACCUCCCACAGGUCUGCGCCCUGAUCCAGGACAGAGAAGCCGCCAACAUGGUCCUGGAGACAGUAAACAACCAGCUGGCCUGGUCGGCUGAACAGGGAUUCUGGGUGCUGACUCCCAAGACCAAGCUGAAGGUGCCCCUUGCUGUAGCUGCAUCUCAAGGUCAUACUGACUGUGUCCGCCACCUAAUCCAGCAGGGUGCUGAGUUGGAUGCUCGAGUGGGGGGCCAGGCUGCCUUGCACGAAGCCUGCAUUGGGGCCUGGUCUGACUGUGUGCGGCUGCUGCUGACCUUCGGUGCCAGGGCCAACGUGCUGUCUGAGGAGGGCUUGACCCCCUUGCACCUCUGCACAGCCCCCGAGUCCUUGCUGUGUGCCAAACUGCUGCUGGAAGCAGGCGCCGAGGUGAACCUGGCUGCGGGGGACAGCGAGGCCACUGCUCUGCAUGUGGCCGCUGCGCGAGGCCUAGAGCAGCACGUCGCCUUGUACCUGGAGCACGGGGCCGACGUGGCCCGCCGCACCCUGCAGGGCGAGACAGCGCUGAACGCGGCGUGUGCUGCAGCCGAGGGCCCCAGUGGGCCUCUCCUGGCGGUGGCCCGGCGGCUGCUGGAGGCCGGGGCGGACGCGCAGGCGGCAGGGCGCAAGCGCCACACGCCGCUGCACAACGCCUGUGCCAACGGCUGCGGGGCCCUGGCCGAGCUGCUGCUGCACCACGGGGCCUGCGCCACGGCCCGCAACGCAGCAGGCCACACGCCCAUGGACUGCGCGCUGCAGGCCGUCCAGGACGUUCCUAACUGGGAACCUGAGGGUCUCUUCGCAGCGCUGCUGGACUAUGGGGCUCCUCCGGUGCACCCCAAGAAGUUGCAGCUCUGUGCCAACUGCCCCCGGGCACUGGAAGUGCUGCUGAAUGCCUACCCAAGGGUGCCCCCAAGCAGCAACUGGGCAGAGACUGUGCACCCCGAAUUGUGGCAGGAGCACGAAGCUUUCUACAGCUCAGCCCUGAACAUGGAGAACCAGCCCCGGCAGCUGCAGCAUUUGGCGCGACUGACGGUGCGCGUUCAACUGGGGGCUCGCUGCCGCCAGGCCAUCGCCCGCCUCCCACUGCCGCCAGGGCUCAAGGCCUACCUGCUGCUACGCGUGGAGGGGAGCAUCCAGUGA